AUGAACAUGCUGGAGCGCCUCCUCGAGAAUACCGAGAUCGAUGCGCGGGACGUCGAGACGGACCAGACCCUGCUCGAGUACGCGUGUCAGACAGGGAACCUCGGCCUCGCGAAGCUGUGCUAUCGCCGCGGUGCCAACCUCUCCGCCAAGACCUCGAAGGGCGACACGGCCUUCAACAUUGUGACCAAAAACAGGCGGUUCGACUUGAUGGAGUUCUUGCACACCUACGGUGUGAAGAUUAACUCUCGCAACAGCCAGGGAAGGACCGCCCUCCAUACCGCAGUGGGGGACGACAACGUGGACGGGAUCUGCCGCCUAUUGGAGUGGGGCGCGGAUGUGAACAUCCGCGACUACAAGAAGCGCACCCCCAUCCAUCUCGCCGCGGCGGGAGGCAACGUGAACGCCACGAUGCUGCUCCUCGAGUUCGGAGCUGACAUGAACGCCAAGGACGACAGGGAGUACACAGCGGUCGCACACGCCGAGGCCAACAACCAUUUCGCCCUUAUGGAUCGCCUCGUUCAGCUGGGCGGCAAGGGGCAUGGUCUGCACCAAAACAAGAGCAACGCCCCAGGGGGAUACAGAUCCCACAAGGGGAUGGGCGAGCUGAACGUCUCCUCAGGGAUGCUCAAGAGCUCAUCUUUGGGGCGAAUCGGGAAGAUCACUGUGUCCGGCAUGCCGGGGCCGAUCGAGCCCGGGACCCGGUAA